UUAAGAUGCCCACAUGGAUUUUGGCUGUACAGGCCCUUUCUGAUGUCAGCAUUGUGUGCACUUCGUCUACAGAGCGGGAGCUGGGUUUCCACGAGACUAUUGCUUCGACCUUCACUCUUCGAAUGGUCAUUCGUAGCUUACAUCAUGCCGUCUAUCGUAUGAGUUAUGCCUUCUAUAACAACGGGAAAGCUAAACCAGGAGCCGCCUUGAUUGAAGUUGUCUGGUCUGACGUACUAAAGGGGAAGAUACCCCAGAUCAUCCCCAAGGAGUAUAUCAACCUACACAAUGAGAUGGUGUCUUGCGUUUACUUUUCGUUACACAUGAACGCCUUGUUUGCUUCAGCAGAAUAUAGAAACACAAAUAAGUACCGAGGCCGUUGCCCUGGCAUGAUAAUGAUAACUUAUGACGAACGCAGUAACUUUCGUAUUCCUCUUGGCGUAACCACAUUCUUCGUAGCAGAGAGCCACAACAUUGUAGUUACAGGCGGACCAGAUACAUUUGUGAGAAUCUGGGACGUUUACAUCCCCACUGAACCCUCGGCUAUCCUCACAGGUCACAACGGCGGAAUUGUUCUUGUUUUUGUCCAACCUGAAGACAAGGUUUACAGCGUUGACUUUCAGAAGAUUAUUAAGGUUUGGGACCUCCAUGAACACACUCUUUUGCAGACCUACGGUGACUUGGUUCCUUUGAUACACCACAGUGAGACGGACAUAACUUAUUAUUACCAUUCCCAUCUCCGGGAGCUUGUUGUGGCCGGUCGUAAGUUAAUCUCUAUUAAGUGCUGCCCGCGUGUACGGGUAGACCUCACCGACGGAAACACACAUGCUGCCCCGGUUUCCGUAGUUUUGUACAAUCGUUUGUUUAGGAACAUUGUGACUUGUGGCCGGACAGGACGACGAAAGAUAAUCAUGAAGAGUUGUCACACCAAAAUGAUCUAUGGUGAGAUAAUCGACAUAGAAAUCACCGCUGGCUGUUUUGAUCCGCUCGAACAGUUUCUUCUUACUGGCGCUCGCGAUGGUUCUCUGAAGAUAUGGAACUAUAAUAAUGCUGUGGUGGUACGGAAUAUGAGUAUAAUGCCUUAUCAAGAAGUUACCUCAGUUAUUUGGGUAGUAGAUCGGUAAGUUAAAUUUAGUUUACAAACAAAUAAAAU